AUCGUUCUAAUGCAGUCCAUUUUAUUGGUCUCCUCAUCGUAAUCAUGCCCCCCACUCCAGGUCUGAGAGUGCAGGACAUCACUGUCAUUGUCUUAGGUGUCACUGUGGUGGUGGUAGCUAACAUCGCUUUCAUCUUCUACAGGUAAGACACAAGAUAGAUUCACCUUAAAUUAGAUUCACCAUUUUGGUGCCUGAUUCCUCAGAGGGUUGUUUUAUCUAUCAUGGUAUGUUCAGAGUGACCAUAGAAAUAAAAUUACUAGAACAGGAAUCCCCAUUCAAGUAUAACUAUUUUUAUGAGGGAGACCUCUUACACUGUGUUGCUAUCUGUUACCAGGCAGAACAGGAGAGAGCGCCAGGUGAGGAAGAGAUGGUCUCACAUCCACUCUGACCUCAUCACCCCGCUGGAGUACAACGAACAUAGCCUGAUCUCCCUCAAGGUCAGCUUGUCUUCAGUGUGCGGCGACCCCUAAGCAUGUCAUCAUUGUGCAAUCUCAAAGUUAAGUCACAUUCUCCAGUACGUCUUCUAAUUCCUGUCUAUGUCCGUUUGUCUGUCAGAUUGACGAAGACCACAGGACAAACAAAAGUUAUAUGAUCCGCCAAGGACGCUACGAUAAAAAGGUAACUCAAACUUAUACAGUGCCUUCAGAAAGUAUUCAUACCCCUUGACUUUUUCCACAUUUUGUGGUGUUACAGUCUGAAUUUAAAAUGGAUUAAAAUGAGAUGUUUUUUCACUGACCUACACAAUACCCCAUAAUGUCAUUUUUACAAGUUAAUAAAAAAUGAAAAGCUGAAAUUUCUUGAGUCAAUAAGUAUUCAACCCCUUUGUUAUGGCAAGCCCAAAUAAGUUCAGUAGUAAACAUUUGCUUAAGAAGUAACAUAAUAAGUUGGACUCCCUCUGUGUGCAAUAAUAAUGUUUAACAUGAUUUUUGAAUGACUGCCUCAUCUCUGAACCCUACACAUACAAUUAUCUGUAAGGUCCCUCAGUCGAGCAGUGAAUUUCAAACACAGACUCAACCACAAAGACCAGGAAGGUUUUCCAAUGCCUCGCAAAGAAGGGCACCUAUUGGUAGAUGGGUAAAAAUACAAAAAUGCAGACAUUGAAUAUCCCAUUGAGCAUGGUGAAGUUAAUAAUUACACUUUGCAUGGUGUAUCAAUGCACCCAGUCACUACAAAGAUACAGGUGUCCUUCCUAACUCAGUUGCCGGAGAGGAAGGAAACCGCUCAGGUAUUUCACCAUGAGGCCAAUGGUGACUUUAAAAGAGUUACAGAGUUUAAUGGCUGUGAUAGGAGAAAACUGAGGAUGGAUCAACAACAUUGUAGUUACUGCACAAUACUAACCUAAUUGACAGAGUGAAAAGAAGGAAGCCUGUACAGAAUACAAAUAUUCCAAAACAUUCAUCCUAUUUGCAGCAAGGCACUAAAGUAAUACUGCAAAACAAUUGGCAAAGUGUUUUAGUUUUUUUUAGGUUGUAUUUAUUCGCACCAAAGAAAAUAAGUGAAAGACAAAACUUGUAAAAACGGAGUGCAGAUGAGGUUGGAAGCCCAAAAGGGCUUACAGUAUAUGAAAACCACACCACAAAUAUGAGUACAAAAAUUUUUCAAUCAGUUAAACAAAGCAUAUUCAUUAUAAUUGUACGUGAUAUACUCACUAUACAAUAAAAACCAUGUUUGAUUAUGUGUAUGUGUGUGUGUGUGUGAGAGUUAGGCUACAUGGAGGGGAUUAUUGGGUAGUUUGGUUCAUCAGGCUGACCCCCAGUCUUUGCUGGAAGUUACUGAGGGAUGAUGAGGUUUUGGCAAUGUGAAGAUAAGAAUUCCAGAGUACGGUACCUCUGUAUCUGAUAGACAAUUGACUGUGUGAGGUGCAGCAGCGGGGAGCGUGAAGGUUAUUGCAGUGUCUUGUGUUAUAUAGGUAGAUUUCAGAAUUAACCUGGAAGAAUCCAUUGAAGGGUUUAGGUAAACUCUCUGGGAGUUAUGAGUAUUUGUAGAUGAAAGUGCAUAAUUGGCGUACAUUCAUGUCGUAAAUAGACAAGAUAUUGAGUUUCUUAAACAAAGGUGCAGAUGGAGCCAGGUAAUUAGAGCAGGUGGCUAGACUUGCAAAUGUAUUUUGAAUGAUGAGUCAUUUGUGUAGGUAGGAGGCAUAUGUACUGGGCCAGACAAUAUUACAGUAAAUGAGAUAUGGGUAAAUUAAGCUAUAGUAUAGAGUUAGGAAGCAAGCCUGAUGAACUAAACCACUAAUCUUUCUGAUGAUACCAACAGAUUUCAUCACUUUGUUUGGGGCAAAUCCAAUGCAUCACAUUACUGAAUACCACUCUCCAUAUUUUCAAGCACAGUGGGGUCUGCAUCAUGUUAUGGGUAUACUUGUAAUCGUUAAGGACUGGGGAGUUUUUCAGGAUAAAAAAUAAACAGAAUGGAGUGGAUUUUACACAGGCAAAUUCCUAGAGGAAAACCUGGUUCAGUCUGCUUUCCACCAGACACUGGGAGAUGAAUUCACCUUUCAGCAGGACAAUAACCUAAAACAAGGCCAAAUCUACAUUGGAGUUGCUUACCAAGAAGACAGUGAAUGUUCCUGAGUGGCCGAGUUAUAGUUUUUACUUAAAUCGGCUUGAAAAUACAUGGCAAGACCUGAAAAUGGUUGUUUAGCUAUGAUCAACAACCAAUUUGACAGAGCUUGAAGAAUUUUGAAAAGAACAAUAGGCAAAUGUUGUACAAUCCAGGAGUGGAAAGCUCUUAGAGCUACCUACUUUUAUCUCUCUUUUAUUGGAUAGAGCUAAACACUUGCCAGGACUUCGCCAUUUUAUCAGAAAGGUGAAGAAUAAUUGUACAAAUAUGGUCAAAUGUCUCUGUAACAUGACAAAUGGUCAAAAUAAAUAGAGCUAUGAGUGAGAGGGAGCAUGGUUAUGGUUUUGAUGUAAAUCAGCUUGAAAAUAUAUGGCAAGACCUGAAAAUGGUUGUUUAGCAAUGAUCAACCAAUUUGACAGACCAAUUUGACAGAGCUUGAAGAAUUUUGAAAAGAACAAUAGGCAAAUGUUGUACAAUUCAGGUGUGAAAAGCUCUUAGAGACUUACCCAGAAAGACUAACAGCUGUAAUCGCUGCCAAAGGUGGUUCUACAAAGUAUUGACGCAGGGGUGUGAACACCUAUGUAAAUUAGAUAUUUCUGUAUUUAAUUUUCAAUAAAUGUGCUACAAUUUCUAAAAACAAGUUUUCACUUUGUCAUUAUGGGGUAUUGUGUGUAGAUGGGUGAGAGGUUUUUUACAAAUGUAAUCCAUUUUGAAUUCAGGCUAUAACACAACAAAAUGUUAAAAAAGGGAAGGGGUCUGAAUUAUUUCCGAAUGCACUGUAUGUCAAGAGGUAUGAAUACUUUCUGAAUGCAUUGUAUAUGGCUCUUUAUAUAUAUAUAUAUAGUACCAGUCAAAAGUUUGGACAAACCUACUCAUUCUGUGAUAAGGUGGUGUUGAAGGAGUCAGGCGCAGAGGGUAAAUCACCGAAUAACAGGCUUUAAUCCGCAAAAUACAGGUUUACGCAGAACUGCGUCAAACACACUCCAGGGCAUAAAACAGGUGCACUGGAAAAUACAAGGCACACAGGAAAAUACUCACGUCGAACAAAAUACACGAGCUCCACCGACCUUCACUAACCUUCACAAUAAACAAUCACCCACAAGGACAAGGGGGCAGAGGUAACACUUAUACAUGGACUAAUUAGGGGAUUAGAACCAGGUGUGUGCGAUAACGAGACAAGACAAUUAUGAUGAUGAUUGGGGCGGACGUGGUUAGUACUCUGGUGACGACGAACGCCAAAGCCUGCCCAAACAAGGAGGGGAGGCAGCCUCGGCCGAAGUCGUGACACAUUCAAGGGUUUUUCUUUAUUUUUACUAUUUUCUACAUUGUAGAAUAAUAGUGAAGACAUCAAAACUAUGAAAUAACACAUAUGGAAUCAUGUAGUAACCAAAAAAGUAUUAUACAAAUCCAAAUAUAUUUAAUAUUUUAGAUUCUUCAAAGUAGCCACCCAUUGUCUUGACGAUAGCUUUGCACACUCUUGGCAUUCUCUCAACCAGCUUCAUGAGGUAGUCUUUUCCAACAGUCUUGAAGGAGUUCCCACAUAUGCUGAGCACUUGUUGGCUGCUUUUCCUUCACUCUGCAUUCCAACUCAUCCCAAACCAUCUCAAUUGGGUUGAAAACGGGGGAUUGUGGAGGCCAGGUCAUCUGAUGCAGCACUCCAUCACUCUCCUUCUUGGUCAAAUAGCCCUUACACCUGGAGGUGUGUUGGGUCAUUGUCCUGCUGAAAAACAAAUGAUUGUCCCACUAAGCGCAAACCAGAUGGGAUGGCGUAUCGCUGAAGAAUGCUGUGGUAGCCAUGCUGGUUAAGUGUGCCUUGAAUUCUAAAUAAAUCACUGACAGUGUCACCAGCAAAGCACCCCCACACCAUCACACCUCCUCCUCCAUGCUUCACAAUGGGAACCAUACAUGCAGAGAUCAUCCGUUCACCUACUCUGUGUCUCACAAAGAUACGGCGGUUGGAAUCCAAAAUCUCACAUUUGGACUCAUCAGACCAAAGGACAGAUUUCCACCAGUCUAAUGUCCAUUGCUCAUGUUUCUUGGCCCAAGCAAGUCUCUUCUUCUUAUUGGUGUCCUUUAGUAGUGGUUUCUUGGCAGCAAUUCGACCAUGAUGGCCUGAUUCACGCAGUCUCCUCUGAACAGUUGAUGUUGAGAUGUGUCUGUUACUUGAACUCUGUGAAGCAUUUAUUUGGGCUGCAAUUUCUGAGGCUGGUAACUUUAAUGAACUUGUCCUCUACAGCAGAGGUGAGAGCCAGUUUCAUCAUAGCGCUUGAAGAAACUUUCAAAGUUCUUGAAAUGUUCCAUAUUGACUGACAUUCAUGUCUUAAAGUAAUGAUGGACUGUCGUUUCUCUUUGCUUAUUUGAGCUGUUCUUGCCAUAAUAUGGACUUGGUCUUUUACCAAAUAGGGCUAUCUUCUGUAUACCACCCCUACCUGGUUACAACACAACUGAUUGGCUCAAAUGCAUUAAUUCCACAAAUUAACUUUUAAGAAGGCACACCUGUUAAUUGAAAUGCAUUCCAGGUGACUACCUCAUGAAGCUGGUUGAGAGAAUGCCAAGAGUGUGCAAAGCUGUCAUCAAGCUAAAGGGUGGCUACUUUGCAGAAUCUCAAAUAUAAAAUAUAUUUUGAUUUGUUUAACACUUUCUUGGUUACUACAUUUCCAUGUGUGUCAUCUCAUAGUUUUGAUGUCUUCACUAUUAUUUUACAAUGUAGAAAAUAGUAAAAAUAAAGAAAAACCCUUAAAUGUGUGUCCAAACUUUUGACUGGUACUGUAUAUAUACAUACAUACAUACAUACAUACAUAUAAAGAGUCAUAUACAAUGCCUUCAGAAAGUAUUCAUCCCCCUUGACUUACAACUACCACGGCUCAGGGACCGAUACAGUGGUCUGGUCAGGUGUAUUGUAGACUCAUGUUGCAGACUCCUUCACUUUGACAAUUGAAGCAGGAUCUUGAGGGAGCUGGAUAUGGUUAGGUGUACUAAGGCUACUGUUGUUGUCAUAGUGAUGAAGGUCCGGUGUACUGAGGAUACUGUUGCUGUCAUGGUUUCAGAUUGUGAUCCUGAAGGAGCUGAAGCACUCGGACGGGAACUUUAACAAGAGUCAGAGGAUAGAGCUCAACUCGGUGAGUCACCGAUUAUACUGCAAGUUUGUCAACGUCCGGUAGACUACUCGAGGGUAUCAAGUAUGCAAUUUUACACGCGUUCAUGUGGUAUCUUUGCUUAGUUUUUUAUAUUUGAUUUGAUUAUAACUCCUAUUGCUUAUUACACCCAUCCUUCCUGAUUUACAGCUUCUGCACAUUGACUACUACAACCUGACUAAGUUCUAUGGCACAGUCAAGUAUGAUCAUGGUGUGUUUGGGGUGUUCGAGUAUGGCGAGAGGGGAUCCCUAAGGGUGAGAAACACACAUGCAAGCACACACACACAUGCACACACACACUUUCACAUUUGAACUUUUAAAUUCUUCCAUCCUCAGCGUGUGCUGAAUAACAAUAUUUCGUACCCGGAGGAGACCUUUAUGGACUGGGAGUUUAAGAUCUCUGUAAUGUAUGACAUCGCCAAGGUGAGCUGGCAACAACUCUAGUCUACACUGCUGUUGGUUUGUAUGAGCUCAGAAAAUGCCAACUCAGAGCAAUUUACCAUAAGAUGCUAAAACCUUUUCCAAAAGUUUUUUAUCUUGUCAAUAUUGAUAUACAUUUCCGAAAAUGCUUUGAUCCGUUUGACAACAUUGAGUCAUUGAAAUACAGUAGGCCUACAUUCAAAGACAAAACCUCCUCCCCUUUCUUCAUAUCCGCAGGGUAUGUCCUACCUCCACUCCAGUGACAUCCAGGUCCAUGGCCGUCUUAAGUCCACUAACUGUGUAGUGGACAACCGCAUGGUGGUCAAGAUCACUGACUUUGGCUGCAACACCAUUCUAAACCCAGGCAGAGGUAGGAACUAUUAUUUCUGUAGGGCUAGCUUGCUAGCAUAGUUAGCAUUCAUGCCAUACACACCAUACACAUCCCCUGAGGUCUGUCUGUCCCAGGAUAUGUCUCUUUCUGUCUUAUCCCUGUUCUGCCACUUAUUUCUUAACAGUUUUUUUUUAACCUAUCCUCCCCUAUCCCGUAUCCCCACUCUCCAUCCUUCCCCUCCCUUCCCUCCCCCAUCAGACCUGUGGACAGCUCCAGAGCACCUGCGUAGACAGGGGAUCUCCCAGAAGGGAGAUGUCUACAGCUUUGCCAUCAUCGCCCAGGAGAUAGUUCUCAGGAGGAGCACCUUUUACACCGAGGCAUACUCUGACCGCACAGGUUAGACACAUUCCUAUAUAACACCUUAUAUAGAAACUCGUAACAGAAUCAAUGCCUUAGCUUUGCUAUACUGUAGUUAUUACCCUUAUUUAAAAUGUAAUGGUCAACUGUAGAAUUGUUCAGUUGAGCACAACAUAUUGUAGCAGAAAAACAAGACACUCACACACGUUGUUCUGUCUUCAUCAGAGAAAAUGUCCAGAGUGCAGUACCCCAGCAAAAUAACCUAUUUCAGACCUGAUCUGAAUUUUGAGACUGCAGGAGAAAAGGAAUUGGAGGUACAUUUUACAUUUACAUUUUAGUCAUUUAGCAGACGCUCUUAUCCAGAGCGACUUACAGGAGCAAUUAGGGUUAAGUGCCUUGCUCAAGGGCACAUUUACGUCAUUUAGCAGACGCUCUUAUCCAGAGCGACUCACCAAUUGGUGCGUUCACCCUAUAGCCAGUGGGAUAACCACUUUACAAUUUUGGGGGGGGGGGGGGGGGGGGGGUUUGAAGGAUGACUUCAUCCUAUCCCAGGUAUUCCUUAAAGAGGUGGGGUUUCAAAUGUCUCCGGAAGGUGGUGAGUGACUCCGCUGUCCUGGCAUCGUGAGGGAGCUUGUUCCACCAUUGGGGUGCCAGAGCAGCGAACAGUUUUGACUGGGCUGAGCGGGAACUAUGCUUCCGCAGAGGAAGGGGAGCCAGCAGGCCAGAGGUGGAUGAACGCAAUGCCCUCGUUUGGGUGUAGGGACUGAUCAGAGCCCGAAGGUACAGAGGUGCCGUUCCCCUCACUGCUCCAUAGGCAAGCACCAUGGUCUUGUAGCGGAUGCGAGCUUCAACUGGAAGCCAGUGGAGUGUGCGGAGGAGGGGGGGUGACGUGAGAGAACUUGGGAAGGUUGAACACCAGACGGGCUGCGGCAUUCUGGAUGAGUUGUAGGGGUUUAAUGGCACAGGCAGGGAGGCCAGCCAACAGCGAGUUGCAGUAGUCCAGACGGGAGAUGACAAGUGCCUGGAUUAGGACCUGUGCCGCUUCCUGUGUAAGGCAGGGUCGUACUCUCCGAAUGUUGUAGAGCAUGAACCUGCAGGAGCGGGUCACCGCCUUGAUGUUGGCGGAGAACGACAGGGUGUUGUCCAGGGUCACGCCUAGGCUCUUCGCACUCUGGGAGGAGGACACAGCGGAGUUGUCAACCGUGAUGGCGAGAUCAUGGAACGGGCAGUCCUUCCCCGGGAGGAAGAGCAGCUCCGUCUUGCCAGGGUUCAGCUUGAGGUGGUGAUCCGUCAUCCAUACUGAUAUGUCUGCCAGACAUGCAGAGAUGCGAUUCGCCACCUGGUUAUCAGAAGGGGGAAAGGAGAAGAUUAGUUGUGUAUCGUCAGCGUAGCAAUGAUAGGAGAGGCCAUGUGAGGAUAUGACAGAGCCAAGUGACUUGGUGUAUAGGGAGAAAAGGAGAGGGCCUAGAACUGAGCCCUGGGGGACGCCAGUGGUGAGAGCACGUGGUGCGGAGACAGCUUCUCGCCACGCCACUUGGUAGGAGCGACCGGUCAGGUAGGACGCAAUCCAGGAGUGAGCCGCGCCGGAGAUGCCCAGCUCGGAGAGGGUGGAGAGGAGGAUCUGAUGGUUCACAGUAUCAAAGGCAGCAGACAGGUCUAGAAGGACAAGAGCAGAGGAGAGAGAGUUAGCUUUAGCAGUGCGGAGAGCCUCCGUGACACAGAGAAGAGCAGUCUCAGUUGAAUGACCAGUCCUGAAACCUGACUGGUUUGGAUCAAGAAGGUCAUUCUGAGAGAGAUAGCAAGAGAGUUGGCUAAAGACGGCACGCUCAAUAGUUUUGGAAAGAAAAGAAAGAAGGGAUACUGGUCUGUAGUUGUUGACAUCAGUGGGAUCGAGUGUUGGUUUCUUGAGAAGGGGAGCAACUCUCGCUCUCUUGAAGACGGAAGGGACAUGGCCAGCGGUCAAGGAUGAGUUGAUCAGCGAGGUGAGGUAGGGGAGAAGGUCACCGGAGAUGGUCUGGAGAAGAGAGGAGGGGAUGGGGUCAAGCGGGCAGGUUGUUGGGCGGCCUGCAGUCACAAGUCGCAGGAUUUUAUCUGGAGAGAGAGGGGAGAAAGAAGUCAAAGCAUAGGGUAGGGCAGUGUGAGUAGGACCAGCAGUGUCAUUAGACUUAACAAACGAGGAUCGAAUGUCGUCAACCUUCUUUUCAAAGUGGUUGACGAAGUCAUCCACAGAGAGAGAGGAGGGGGGGGCGGGGGGGGGGGGGGGAGGAUUCAGGAGGGAGGAAAAUGUGGCAAAGAGCUUCCUAGGGUUAGAGGCAGAUGCUUGGAAUUUAGAGUGGUAGAAAGUGGCCUUAGCAGCAGAAAACAGAUGAAGAAAAUGUAGAGAGGAGGGAGUGAAAAGAUGCCAGGUCGGCAGGGAGUUUAGUUUUCUUCCAUUUCCGCUCCGCUGCCCGGAGCUCUGUUCUGUGAGCUCGCAAUGAGUCAUCAAGCCACGGAGCUGGAGGGGAGGACCGAGCCGGCCGGGAGGAUAGGGGACACAGAGAGUCAAAGGAUGCAGAAAGGGAGGAGAGGAGGGUUGAGGAGGCAGAAUCAGGAGAUUGGAGGGAGAAGGAUUGAGCAGAGGGAAGAGAUGAUAGGAUGGAAGAGGAGAGAGUAGUGGGAGAGAGAGAGCGAAGGUUGCGGCGGCGCAUUACCAUCUGUGUAGGGGCAGAGUGAGUAGUGUGGGAGGAGAGCGAGAGAGAAAAGGAAACAAAGUAGUGGUCGGAGACAUGGAGGGGAGUUGCAGUGAGAUUAGUAGAGGAGCAGCAUCUAGUAAAGAUGAGGUCAAGCGUAUUGCCUGCCUUGUGAGUAGGGGGGGGACGGUGAGAGGGUGAGGUCAAAAGAGGAGAGAAGUGGAAAGAAGGAGGCAGAGAGAAAUGAGUCAAAUGUGGACAUAGGGAGGUUGAAAUCCCCCAAAACUGUGAGGGGUGAGCCAUCCUCAGGAAAGGAGCUUAUCAAGGCGUCAAGCUCAUUGAUGAACUCUCCAAGGGAACCUGGAGGGCGAUAGAUGACAAGGAUAUUAAGCUUAAAUGGGCUAGUGACUGUGACAGCAUGGAAUUCAAAUGAGGAGAUAGACAGAUGGGUUAGGGGAAAAAUUGAGAAUGUCCACUUGGGAGAGAUGAGGAUUCCUGUGCCACCACCCCUCUGACCAGAUGCUCUCGGGGUAUGCGAGAACACAUGGUCAGACGAGGAGAGAGCAGUAGGAGUAGCAGUGUUUUCAGUGGUAAUCCAUGUUUCCGUCAGCGCCAGGAAGUCGAGGGACUGGAGAUUAGCAUAGGCUGGGAUGAAGUCAGCUUUGUUGGCAGCAGAACGGCAGUUCCAGAGGCUGCCUGAGACCUGGAACUCCAGGUGUGGGGUGCGUGCAGGGACCACCAGGUUAGAGAGGCAGCAGCCACGCGGUGUGGGGCGUUUGUGUAGCCUGUGCAGAGAGGAGAGAACAGGGAUAGGCAGAGGCAUAGUUGACAGGCUGUAGCAAAUGGCUACAAUAAUGCAGAGGAGAUCGGAAUGAAAUGAACUAAACAUCUGGGACAGUAGAGAGCAGGGCCUCCCUCACCAAAAACUUAUACUUCUAACAACUAUAAUUGUUUCACUGAACCACCCGAACAAAAACUCUACCAACUUCCACCUUUAGAAAUCAGAAUUGUUGUGAACCACAGCGGUUCAAUGUUUAAAGGAAUAGACUCAACCCACUUUAUUCAGCUAGCUAACUAAGACACCAUAGCUAACUAGCAUGCUAGCAUCCAAAAACACACAGUUUAGCGCCAACACUUGGUCACAACAAACCACCAAUAGUGUGUUAACACACUAAGCAGAUAAUUCGUGUCCGUGUCUGUUGGCUAGCUAGCAAUGGCCACUGUGUUGACCUUGUUUGAAGAACGGCUAGCUAGCUAGCUUCGUGCUACCCCCGGCACCGCCGAACAACAAGGUAAGAUUGGCAUUUGUUUGUGUGUAACAGAGAGAAAGAGAGAAGGGGGGGGGGGGGGUGGACUUACAGUAUAGAGAAAGACAGAUAUGGAGAUAGAGUCUGCAAUUUUUUCUUCCAUGCCCACAGGUGUACAUGCUGAUAAAGAUCUGCUGGGAUGAGGACCCAGAGCGAAGGCCUGACUUUAAGAAGAUAGAGAGCUCAUUGGGGAAGAUCUUCAGGUACCAGCUACCUACUUUUAUUGGAUAGAGCUAAAUACUUGCCAGGACUUAGCCAUUUUAUCAGAAAGGUGAAGAAUCAUUGUACAAAGAUGGUCAAAUGUCUCUGUAACAUGACAAAUGGUCAAAAUAAAUAGAGAUUUGAGUGAGAGGGAGCAUGGUUAUGGUUUGCAGUGUUACAAAAUAACAUUCACAUUUAAUUGCUGUAGAGCUACACCCUUCUCUUUCAUUUAAGAUACAUUUGAGAAACACCUCACAAGGGCAGCACCUACAUUGAAAGGUGGUGUGUGUGUGCGCAUGUGUGUGUGUAUGUGUGUGUGACUGAUCCUCUGUUAUUUUCUCCAUAGUAACCUGCACAACCAGGCUAAUGAGAGCUACAUGGACAACCUGAUCCGUCGUCUACAGAUGUACUCCCGGAACCUGGAGCACCUGGUGGAGGAGAGGACAGCUCUGUACAAGGCUGAGAGAGACAGGGCCGACUGCCUCAACUUCAUGCUGCUGCCUCGGUCAGUCGACAACAACAACAACAACAAAAAUAAACAGAUACCCGCACACAGUUCAAUGUUCUUGUUGUUUUAUUAAGUGCAGUGUUUCGACCAGAAGGUCUUUGUCAGACUGCACAACCAGAAAACCACUUUAAGACCAGCAAAUGACUUCUCUCUCUCCUUCUCUCGCUCCAGUCCUGUGGUGCGUUCUCUGAAGGAGACAGGCAUCGUGGAGCCAGAGCUGUUUGAGGAGGUGACGGUGUACUUCAGCGACAUCGUGGGCUUCACCACCCUGUGCCAGUAUAGCACCCCCAUGGAAGUGGUGGACAUGCUCAACGACAUCUACAAGGGCUUUGACAGCAUCCUCGACCACCAUGACGUAUACAAGGUUAGGGUUAGGGAUAGGGUUGUGGUUCAGGCUAGGGUUAGGGUUGAACUGGGAUGUGGACAUGAAGCUAGGCUUAAGGUUAGGGUUGAGGCUUACUGUAAACCAAAACAUCUAGUCCAAUAGCAGAUGUAUAGAUUCUAUGUCUUCCUUCUCGUCCUGUGUCAGGUGGAGACGAUAGGUGAUGCGUACAUGGUGGCGUCGGGGUUGCCGCAGCGGAACGGAAACAGGCACGCGGUGGACAUCUCCCGCAUGGCCCUGGACAUUCUGGCAUUUAUGGGGACCUUCCAGCUCAGACACCUGCCGGGGCUACCUGUGUGGAUCCGCAUUGGGAUGCACUCAGGUAUCCCUAGCUCCCUAAGCCCUAUCCUGAAUUCAUAACACCUCCCUCUCUCCCCUCUCUAUCUUAUCAAUACAAAACCUCCUUGUGUCACGCCCUGACUCAGAGGACGCUUGUAUGUUGAAUCAGGGUGUGUAUUUUCCUUGCUGUGUUUUGUUCUAUGUUGUGAAUCUAGUAUUUCUAGAUCUAUGUUGGCCGGUGUGGUUCCCAAUCAGAGGCAGCUGUCGCUCGUUGUCUCUGAUUGGGGACCAUACUUAGGCAGCCUAUUGGCACUAGUGGGUUGUGGGAUCUUGUUCCGUGUAAGGUAUGUUGUGUUGCCUUGGACUUCACGUUUCGCUUUGUUUGUUAUUUUGUCGAUGUGGUUAAUAUUUAAUAAACAUGUACGCAUAUCACGCUGCGCCUUGGUCCGUCCCGUCCGUAAACGAACGUGACAGAAGAUCCCACCAAACGAGGACCAAGCAGCGUGCCCAGGAGGAGCGAAUAGCCAUGUCCCAGGUGGGCAAAUUGUGGUCAUGGGAAGAGAUAUUUGUGGGGAAAGGGCCAUGGGCGAAGGUAGAUACCCAGGCAGGAGAGGAGCAACGGCAAUGCAGAGGACGCUGGUCGAGGAGGAAGCCCGAGAGACAGCCUCAAGAAAAAAAAAAUUGGGGGCUAAAGGGGUGGUCGGGGAGCGAGAGAGAAGAGCCCCGACCACUGCACCCAGUCGGUUUUCAGAUUGGGUCCCUACGACCAUGGGAAGAGGAGUGGGAACAGUAUUAUACUGAGGAGUCGGAGGAUGACGACGACGAGGUUCUGUUCCCUAACUCGUGGGGGCUUCCGGAGGAGUCCUCACAGGAAGAGGAGUGCCGACGACGGAGACCCGAGAGGCAACCCCAAGAACAUUUGGGGGGGGGGGCACACGGUGUGGACGGCGAGGCAUCAGGAGGCCGUUAAAGGGCGGGUCUGCAGGUUAGGAGAGGAGGCCACCAUGUUACGGGGGCUAUUGGUUCAGAGGGAGCAGGAGUUAUUCGGUCAGAGGGAGGCGCUACAGGAGGCUAUAAGGGAGAAGGAAAGUGUAGAGGCACGGCGAGAGGAGCUGGUUAGGCAGCAGAAGGAGCGGGGGUUAAUAAAGGAACCCAGUCCCGCUCCUCGCACCAAGCAAGUGGUGCGUGUCGCCAGUCCGGUCCGGCCCGUUCCUGCUUCCCGCACUAAGCCAGUGGUGCGUGUUCCCAGUACGGCCCGACCCGUUCCUGCCCCUCGCACCAAGCCAGUGGUGCGCGUCGCCAGUCCGGCCCGUCCUGUUCCUGUUUCCCGCACUAAGCCAGUGGUGCGUGUUCCCAGUACGGUCCGGCCUGUUCCUGCCCCUCGCACCAAGCCAGUGUUGCGCGUCGCCAGCCCGGCCCGGCCUGUUCCUGCCCCUCGCACCAAGCCAGUGGUGCGCGUCGCCAGCCCGGUCCGGCCUGUUCAUGCCCCUCGCACCAAGCCAGUGGUGCGCGUCGCCAGCCCGGCCCGGCCUGUUCCUGCCCCUCGCACCAAGCCAGUGGUGCGCGUCGCCAGUCCGGUACGGCCCGUUCCUGCUCCCGCCACCAGGCCAGUGGUGCGCGUCGCCAGUCCGGUACGGCCCAUUCCUGCUCCCGCACCAAGCCAGUGGUGCGCGUCGCCAGCCCGGCCUGUUCCUGCCCCUCGCACCACAGCCAGUGGUGCGCGUCGCCAGCCCGGUCCGGGCCUGUUCCUUGUCCCUCGCACCAAGCCAGUGGUGCGCGUCGCCAUCCCGGCCCGGCUGUUCCUGCCCCCGCACCAAGCCAGUGGUGGCGCGUCGCCAGGCCCGGUUCCGGCCCUGUUUCCUGCUCCUCGCACCAAGCCAGUGGUGGAACGUGUCCCCAGAAUAACGGCCCCGAACCCGUUCCUUCCCCCUCGAACCAAAGCCAGUGGUUGCGCUGUACGCCAGUUCCGGCCCCUGGUCCUGUUCCUUGCCUUCCCGCAACUAAGCCAGUGGUGCGUGUUCCCAGUACGGUCCGGCCUGUUCCCUGCCCCUCGCACCAAGCCAGUUGUUGCCGCCCGUCGCCAGCCCGGCCCGGCCUGUUCCUGACCCUCGCACCAACCAUGGGUGCGCGUUCGCCAUUGCCGGUCCCGGCCUGUUUCAUGCCCCUCAUAAACCAGCACCAGUGGGUGCGCGUCGCCAGCCCGGCCCGGCCUGGUUUCCUGCCCCUCGCACCAAGCCAUUGGUGCGCGUCGCCCGCCCGGCCCCCCCCGUUCCCUCUCCCCCCACCCGGCCCGUGGGGCGCGUCGCCCGUCCUAGGCCCCUUCCGCUCCCCCCCAGCCGUGGGGCGUUUGCCGGGACGGGCCCGUUCCUUCCCCCCCGCACCAACCAUGGUCGCGCGCCAGCCCGGUCCGGCCCGUCCGUCCUCCACCAACCAGUUGGGGCGCGUGCCGCCCGGUCCGGCCUUUCCUGCCCCUCGACCAAGCCCGGGUGCGGUCGCCAGCCCGGUCCGCCAUCCCGUCCCUCGCCCAAGCCAGUGGUGCGCGUGCCAGCCCGGUCCGGCCGUUCCUGCCCCUCGCACCAACCAUGGGCCGUCGCCAGCCCGGGCCGGCCCAUCCUGUCCCUCGAAACCCGCCCGUGGGCGCGCGCCCCCCCGGCCUGUUCCUCCCUCGCACCAAGCCAUUUGGGGCCGUCCCAGCCCGGCCCGGGGUGUUCCGCUCCCCCCACCAGGCCGUGGUUCGCGUCGCCUCCGGUACGGCCCGUUCCUGCUCCUCGCACCAAGCCAGUGGUGCGUGUCCCCAGUACGGCCCGACCCGUUCCUGCCCCUCGCACCAAGCCAGUGGUGCGCGUCGCCAGUCCGGCCCGUCCUGUUCCUGCUUCCCGCACUAAGCCAGUGGUGCGUGUUCCCAGUACGGUCCGGCCUGUUUCCUGCCCCUCGCACCAAGCCAGUGUUGCCCGUCGCCAGCCCGGCCCGGCCUGUUCCUGCCCCCUCGCACCAAGACCAGUGGUGCGCGUCGCCAGCCCGGUCCGGCCUGUUCAUGCCCCUCAUACCAAGCCAGUGGUGCGCGUCGCCAGCCCUGGCCCGGCCUGUUCCUGCCCCUCGCACCAAGCCAGUGGUGCGCGUCGCCAGCCCGGCCCGGCCUGUUCCUGCUCCCCGCACCAGGCCAGUGGUGCGCGUCGCCAGUCCGGUACGGCCCGUUCCUGCUCCCCGCACCAGGCCAGUGGUGCGCUUUGCCGGUACGGCCCGUUCUUGCUCCCCGCACCAAGCCAGUGGGUGCGCGUCGCCAGCCCGGUCCGGCCUGAUCCUGUCCCUAGCACAAGCCAGUGGUGCGCGUCGCCAGCCCGGUCCGGCAUGUUCCUGCCCCUCGCACCAAGCCAGUGGUGCGCGUCACCAGAACCGGUCCAGGCCUGAUCCUGUCCCUCGCACCAAGCCAGUGGUGCGCGUCGCAGCCCGGUCCGGCCUGUUCCUGUCCCUCGCACCAAGCCAGUGGUGCGCGUCGCCAGCCCGGUCCGGCCUGAUCCUGUCCCUCGCACCAAGCCAGUGGUGCGCGUCGCCAGCCUGGGCCUGUUCCUGCCCCUCGCACCAAGCCAGUGGUGCGCGUCGCCAGCCCGGCCGGCCUGUUCCUGCUCCCCCGCACCAGGCCCAGUGGUGCGCGUCGCCAGUCCGGUACGGCCGUUCCUGCUCCCCGCACCAGGCCAGUGGUGCGCGUCGCCAGUCCGGUACGGCCCAUUCCUGCUCCCCGCACCAAGCCAGUGGUGCGCGUCGCCAGCCCGGUCCGGCCUGUUCCCGUCCCUCGCACCAAGCCAGUGGUGCGCGUCGCCAGCCCGGUCCGGCCUGAAUCCUGUCCCUCGCACCAAGCCAGUGGUGCGCGUCGCCCAGCCCGGUCCGGCCAGUUCCUGCUCCUCGCACCAAGCCAGUGGUGCGUGUGUCCAGUCCGGCACGGCCCGUGCCUGUUCCACCGGUGCCUGGUUCGGCACUGGUCAGCGGCUCCACUCCGGAGCCAGAGCAGUCCGCUCCACCGGUGCCUGAUCCAGCUCCGGUCAGCGGCUCCACUCUGGAGCCAGAGCAGUUCGCUCCACCGUCGUCGGGUCCGGCUCCAGUCAGCGGUUCCAGUCCAGACCCAGACGUCAGCCCCUCUCCAGGUUCGGGGUCUCCCACACCAGGGUCCAGACAGGGCUUGGUACAUCUUGGGAGGAAGGAGAGGGGAAGCAGCCCCCCGAGGUCCAGACCAGACCAGGGGCGUAACAGGGAGGCGGAGAGUAAGAGGUCGUCACGCCCGGAUCCGCCUCCGAGGCGGAAUGCCCACCCGGCCCCUACCCUGUUAUGUUUAUGUUGUGCGGUCGGAGUCCGCACCUUUGGGGGGGGGGGGGGGGGGGGGGGGGUACUGUCACGCCCUGACUCAGAGGACGCUUGUAUGUUGAGUCAGGGUGUGUAUUUUCCUUGCUGUGUUUUGUUCUAUGUUGUGAAUCUAGUAUUUCUAGAUCUAUGUUGGCCGGUGUGGUUCCCAAUCAGAGGCAGCUGUCGCUCGUUGUCUCUGAUUGGGGACCAUACUUAGGCAGCCUAUUGGCACUAGUGGGUUGUGGGAUCUUGUUCCGUGUAAGGUAUGUUGUGUUGCCUUGGACUUCACGUUUCGGUUUGUUUGUUAUUUUGUCGUUGUGGUUAAUAUUUAAUAAACAUGUACGCAUAUCACGCUGCGCCUUGGUCCGUCCCGUCUGUAAGCGAUCGUGACACCUUGGUCUCUGCUCUUUCCUGUAACUUCCCUCACUCUCCCCUCCCUCUGUCUGUCAUCAAUACCCACCUUAAGUCUCGCUACUUGUUCCCUAGGCCCCUGUGCAGCAGGAGUGGUGGGGAUAAAGAUGCCCAGAUACUGCCUGUUUGGAGACACAAUCAACACUGCCUCUAGCAUGGAGUCAACGGGACAUCGUAAGCAGGCUUCAGGAACACUAGAAAUAUCCAUACCAACUCUAUACAAACAUUUCAUGUUCAUAUCAACUAUCAUGGCAGGUGAGUAAAAUACAACUCUGUCUCUCUCCAUCCAGCCCUGAGAAUCCACGUCAGUCAGCCCACCAUCAGCAUCCUACAGAGGACAGACUGCAAGUUUGAGUACGAGAAGAGAGGGGAGACUUUCCUCAAGGUAUGGACAUGGCACAUGCCGCUUUGCGCUUUGCUGUUUGUCAUGAUAGAGUCAUACAGAUUUAUUUGAUGCCAUUUGUACUAUGUAGUACUCUUAUCUACUGUGUUGAAUAUCAUAUACGAUUGUGUGUGUGUAUAUAUAUCCCAGGGUAAAGGCACAGAGUUGACCUACUGGUUGACAGGUGAAACAGGAGAGGACUACAACCUGCCAAUGCCACCGACAGCGUGAGUUAACCAGCUGCUAAUUUAUAUGCUCCCCUAUAACUUAGUAAAGAGAAUGUACAUCAUUAGAGCUACAUGUCAUCUUUAGAUCUAUCUAUAUUAUUAACUUGUACAUUCUAUGUCCUUCUUCCAUUUUGUAGAGUAAACAUAUAUAAUUAGAGCUACAUAUCUAUAUAAUUAACUCCUAUGUCCUUGUCCCUCCCUGCAGGGAGAACUGCCAGCGUCUGCAGCAGGACCUGGCCCAGAUGAUCCAGGAGUGUCUGGAGAACCGCUCGCUGGGGUCAGAGGUCAUGGAGAAGAGGAAUACCCUGUCCAUGAGGCAGAGGAGGGUGGGGAGGGAUGGAGCGGAGCAGAGGGGAGAGGAGGAGGAUCACGAUGACCAGCCGGAGUACCUCCAUCUGGCUACGGUCGACAACUUCAGUACUUUCUUGUAG